UCACGCCAUGACGAGGACGCCUGAAUGAAUACACAUCCCACACACAACCAGUGAGCUCAGGAAGGGAUACUCGCGAAGAAUGAGAUAGGAAGGAGCAGGCAGACAACAGGCAGGCAGGCAGAACCGAUGGACAGCUACCAUGCCUCCCUCCCUCCUCCUUCUGCCCCAGACGGGCAGCUCUAUGUGUGAACGCACUAACGCACGAACGAAUCGCACCCUUACGCACCGCCCCCACGCACCGCCCCCAUGGUUCGGAUCCAUCACCCACGCGGCCCCCCUCCCCCUCUACGCGUGUGCGUGUGAAUGACGGACGCAUACCUUGGGGCGUUGGCAUCGCGGGGGGCACUCCGCCGUUGGGCUGCUGAGGCGACCCACUGGGGCUCUUCCGGGGGUUCAUCAGCAGCUCAUUCUGCGCCUUGACUGACGGCAAGCACAAGACAGAAAUGGUGAUGUGAUGAGGGUUGCCUGUCUGUCUGAUCGGUCUGGGAUUGUGUUCUGGUGCGCUAACCCACCCAGUUCUUCAAAGUACUCCGAUGGCUGUGCGAACGUCUUGGGGUCGUAUAGGUGUGUGGGGUAGUUGGACACGUCGGGGUCCUCUAUCUGAAACUUCUCCAUAAUGCCCUGCACAAGACAAGGCGGAAGGCCGUCGGUGCAAUGAAUGCUUCUCACGCACAGCACAUGUGGUGGCCGGAUGGCUCGGCUGGCUGGGCUGCCUCGGUGUAUUGUGGUACCUUACCUGCAGUAUAUAUGGGUUCUUGAGCUGUAUGUUCUCCCGCAUCUUUUGGUUGAUGGUGAUGCCCCGCUCCUUGUAACCAUGAAGAUUCCUCAUGCAAUCCUGCAGUGAGUGCAACACAUGGCAUGCAACACACACACACAGAAGGUGGGCUCAUUCCUGGUCGGUCGGCGUCAAAUCUGCUCACCAGAAACUCGUCCGAUGGUCGCACACCUGGCUCUGCUGGCAGGGGAGGAAGGUCCGACAACUGAUGGGGAGAUCAAUCACGCACACGAACGAACGAACGAACGACAUGAGUCCCGCAAUGAAUGUGUUCAUUCACUGUCCCUUUCUCACGUCAGCUCUUCCCCACCUCAUCGAGCUCGCCGUUUGCCGCAGUCUUCAGAGCGUCCUCCACGUCCAUCCCGCCCUCUCCCUCCCCACCCUGUCCGCCGGGAGAGGCCGCAUCCACACCUGCGAAACUCGUCGUCGACGACACAGCCGCCUCCCUCGAUGCACUCCUGUCGCUCCCCCCCUUGGCAUCAUCCGCAAUCACGUCGGCAGCCGCCACGCCGUCUGGCUGAGCAUCAGGCUGCUGGACGGCGUCACGUGGCUCAUCUGCCUGCUCGUGUUCCUCCUCGUCUUCCGAGUCGAUGUCGUAGCCUACAAGGUUCUUCUUGGGCAU